GUUACUCAGCAACAAAUGGACCCAACUUACUUGCAAACAACGGCAUCUCGCCCCUCACAUCAACACUUCCAUUUCCUUUUAUGAAUUGCCCAUCGUACGAGGCAGCCUUCAAUCCCUAUUCUCUGGCUUUUCCCAACCUACCUGAACAAGUGCCUUUUGCCGAGCAGCCAGUUUCCACGUUUUCAGGACCCUCGCUCAGUGCCACUACGUACGACAGGUCUACUGCGGGGCCAUUUUGCUCUGGACCUUUCACUUCCAACUCGCUUGACAUAUCUUCUGAUCACGCAUCUUUUGUCAACAACGGCGAUGUCCGCGCUAAUGAAGGUCCCCUUCCGCAACCACAAUGGAUUGACUAUUCCGAUCGCAUUGACGUAGAAAUGACGGAUGCUGUCAUCAAAUCCACGAGACCCUCCCUUGACUUCCGUCCUCUUGAUGUCACUGCGAUGCACUAUGCUUGUACCUAUGAACCUCCAGUUGCAAUUACCGUAUCUGGCGGAGCCUCAACAUAUGUGUCUGCAGUUGGCCCUAGCUCCGAAGAAUUUUCUACGAACGUCGAAGCUAGCUAUUCUCAGCCUGUAUUGGAUUCUACUUCAGCUAUUCAGUCUGAGCUGGGCCAUAGUUCGCAUUGGUCAUCUAGCAUUCUUGAAGCACACUCGGCUGUAUUUUCAGCGCCCACACGAGAACAACCUACCGACUUCCCUGGUUCUAGAUACCCCUGUUCUGGACUUUCUGAGAUAUCAUCAGCGGAGCAAAAUGUUUACGGGAUUACCGCUCGGGGACGAGAUAUACCAAGGACCGCCUGGAAAGCCAAUCCACUUCACAGCAUCCUCGAGAACGAGGAGUACGCUCAACAUGCAAGUUCUGCAGACCUCAAUGUUGACGUUCACGAACACGCUGCACCCCAGUCCAUUCCUGCUUUAAACCCAGUGAUCCACGCAAAGACCGUUGUGCAGCCACCUGGACACUUUAACGAUACCAUUACCUCGGUCCGUCGCCAACCCCAGUACAUCGCCCCGCCGGCACUGAGCAUCACCGGGAGAGGCUCUGAUGGAAAAGAAACCCAGACAGACAUUGAUGCGACGUCCGAACCAGACGACGAUACCAAGACUGAGCCAGACGACGACGCU